UAGAACUUGGAAGAACAUGAAUUUCUGCAGAGUUCUCCUGACUUUGAGCUUUAUCUUGCAUAUCAAUGAAGCUAAAUGGAGUCAGCUCACGGAAACCCUCCAAUGUAUUAAUGACUACCGCUCGUUUGUAUCCUGUACCUGGUCUGAGCAACAAGAUGCACAAAAGCUUAUCAAGAUGAAUCUUUUCUAUAAGACCAGUGACCAUGCGAACUUUGAACAGAUGACCUGUUCCCAAGACAUGGACUCUCAAAGUUGGAAGUGGAACUGCUACAGAAACGAAUCCUAUUUCAGUGCUUUAAUAUCAGAGUUCUACACUUUCAAACCAGAACGGAAACUGGAAGUCAAGCUGAAUGUCAGCCUCUUUGACAAUGUCCAGCCUCCUCCACCCAAGGAACUAGACAUCAACCUCACAGAAGAAGGUGACUUUCUGCUGACAUGGAAAGCAGGUGGUAGAACAAAUGGAAGCCAUCGGCUGGAUGAAACCUUGGACUAUGAAGUCAACUACAAAAGGGACUGGGAACCCUGGGAGAGCUCUUCCUCUAUGUUCAUCUCAAACAUCUCACACUGCCUUCUCCAUCAUGGUGAUCUUGUGCCUGGGAGUACUUACAUUGCUCGUGUUCGAAGCAAACCACACCAAGGCAGUCAUCUUUCGGGCUUUUAUAGUGCAUGGAGUUCUGCUGUGAACUGGACAGUACAAGAAGGUGAUGAAGCUCAACCCAAGAACCUUCACUGUCUGUUUAAUGGUCUAGAUCGGUUAAACUGCAGCUGGGAGGUGAGACGAGAGCUCACCAGUUCUGUCUUGUUUGCGCUCUUCUACAAAGCCAGUCUGGAACUCGAAGAGAGGCAAUGCUCCCCAGUUGAGGAACAGGAAUUAGCAGACGCCCGUCAUGUACUGCAAAGCUGCGAGAUCAGCAUUUCCAACCCCAAAAGACUAAGUCAAUACCUCAUAUCUGUGCGGCCCAAGAAAGAUGAGAAAAAGAUUGCGCCUGUGUACAACAUCAAGGUAGACCCUCCUGAUCAGCUCUCUGUGUCAAAGAACCAACUGCAGUGGAAACGCAUAGAAGAUAAUAUUCCAAAGAUAUUUCAAGUUUUAUACUGGGAAGCUGGAAAGACACAUGAGAAGAUCCAGCCUCAGAACAUCAGUGAAGAAGCCUCGUUCACCUUGCAGUCGCUGGAACCAGGAACCCAUUACAAGGCAAAAGUGCGGGCAAAAGCAGGGCAUUCAUUAUUAUCCUAUAAUGGCCCAUGGAGCAAGUGGAGUGAAGAAUAUGAAUGGGAUACUGAAAGUGAAUUGCCUAUCUGGAGUUUUGCCCUUGCUGUGCCACCCUGUAUCAUUUUGGCGAUAGUGGGACUCUACUGCAGCCAAAAAUAUCUAGUCAGAAAGAAAAGGGAAUGGGAGAAAAGCAUUCCAUGCCCUCCCAGUAACAUUCUGUUCCCAGAUUAUUUUACGAAAGUACAGCUGACUGAAAGCUUUGAGGAUAGCAGUAGACAGAGCUCUUUAGAAGAGGAAGAGUUCAACAGCAGCAGUGCAUUGGACAGGCAAAUGCUGGUUUUAGAUUCAAACUCUCUUGGAGCUGAGUCAGGGAAAAUAAAACCACUUCCAGCUGUCUUACAGAAUACAGAAAUAACAGGAUUUUCUGAAGACAAGGUUGACCAAUGUUUGAGGCAGCCUGCACCAUCUUCCACGCUUGCCUAUUGUCAUAAUGCUAGGGUGGGCUUAACUUGGCAGGUAUUUGAUUUUAUUGGUCCAUACUUAAUGUCCCUUCUAGGGUCACCUGUGCCUGAUGUUCAGGAAGAUGUUGCCCCUUUAGAAAUGAGAGAGACACCAGUGUCUAUGCAAUAUGUGGAACUUCCUCAUGGAUCAUGUUACCAGGUUUUGCCAGUGGGAAAAGAUAAAGGGACAAUCCCACCACUUUGUACUGUCCAAUUUGAGGAAGAGGAGAAGCUGCCACUUCUUAAAAAGCAAGAAACAGCUGAAGGCCAGUUAGCAAGUGAUGUAUUGGAAAAAGAGGAAAACAAAGGUCAGAGGCCACAAAGUCCUACAAGCCCUAAGAACCUUUCACAAAAUGGGAUUUCGGAUUAUUUUACCACUGAAGAUCUAUCAAGGAAUACAGAAAGAGACUCUUCAGUUCUGUUACCUGGCCUGGCCUUGAAGGAGAAGAUGCUCACCUGUGCUACUAAGUCAACAUCUGCCUCACAGCUGUCUGAAACAAUAGAAGGUCUCUCCAACCCAGAGUUGUUCCAGAAGAAACCAGACACUGUGUUCCCACUUGAGGACCAAGCACCAAUUGUUUCUUCAGAAACAUCCCAUGAUGUGUUGGGAGAUUAUUUUAUGGCUCUUCCUGUUACCCCAAGGUCUAUGCCAAAGGAAGUAGAUGCUUUAUCCAAAAAAGACCCUGGACACAACAAGAACUUUCUUGUGUUCAACCCUGAUGGCAAAAGCCCCAUUUUCUUACGCCAGGUGGACGAAUAUUGCUUCUUCCCUAGCACCAAACGUAUCACAAAAUCCCAAGAAGGAUCCAUAGGACACCUGCUUACAGAAGACAGUCAGUCACUCACAAAGCCUCUUAGGGAAGGCAGAUUUGUUGAGAGCGAGCUACAGACCACAUCUCACAUCUGCCAAGUCAGAGAAGGAGAGUACCUCAAUGAAAGCCCUGUUAGUAUAUGAGCAUAAUCUCAUUUUUUGCACUGUCCCUCCUGUCACUUGUAGUGAAAAUCCUCAUCGACUGUCAUACCUCAGAAAAGUGCUUACUGUGGUAAAGUUUCAUGUGAUCACUGUAAUAGUUAAGUCACUUAGCUGUGCAGUCUUAAACAGAGUUACACCCUUCUAAGCCCACUGAUGUCAAUGGGCUUACAGAGUAAGUGUGUUUAGGAUUGCAUUUUAGGUCAUGCUUUGGCCCAAAUUAAAUGCCAGCAUCCCACAACCCAUAGUGCUAGCAUUGCUGUGUCAAUGUUGUGUACAUCUGGGCUAUUUAAAAGAGAAUUUCAAUGUUAACGUUUAUAUUACCACAAUGGGUAAGAUUCUCAGCUAGCCUCCACAGAAAAAGAUCUUCUAAAUUCCUAUUGUUCCUCAUAUUCAAGAACAUUAUGAGGUUUCCAGAAUCUUCUGGGGGGAAGCAAUUUAUUUCCUUUAGUGAUCCUAGACUGGAGUGACAUCAGAAUUGUUGGGUCCGAUGACCUUGGUCUGAAAAAGCUUUUCAUAUGCAAUCCUAGUGUUGAGGCUCAGAUAAGAGGCUGAGAAGAGAGAUUUUGAAAUUAAUAUAUAAUAAUGAUGUGGUUAAGUGGGGCUUGCGUGCCUUUGCUUCUGUCCAUGCGGGCAUGAGAAAGUUACUCAGCUUUCCAGGUCACCUGCCCAACCUGACCCUUUCUUUCCACUCCUGGUAUCUUAUUCUCUCUCUCUGGGUAACUUUUGCUGCCACUAUCUAGUUGGUUAUUAGGACACAGUCCUCCUGAGGCUUAGCACUUAGGAAUCCUCUGCUGUCUUGGUGCUGAGAGGCUCCACACAGCAGUCAUGUCUCCCCACUUCUCUCUCUGUCUACUGGGGGACCGAUAUGCAUGGUUGAAUGCUCUAAGGGAGCAGGGUUAAUUGUUGCCUCUUCCCCUCCUCCCCCUUUUGGUUCCCAUGGAUCAAACAGGGAUUAGAGAGAAUUUCAGAGAUCAGACUGACUGCAUGCCAAAUGAAAGUAAAUUUAUUAAGAAAAUAAACACACACCACAUAUGUAGAUACAAUACACUGAGCAAGGACAAAAGAAAUGCCAAUAAAACUGCAAUUCUCUGACCCUAACUCUCACAUAGCCUAAUAAUGGAAAAUUAGGAUAGACUAUUCAUUGUAUUGUCAAAGGCUUUCAC